AUGAGCGGCCGAAAUCACCACCACGAAGAGAGCGAGGUUGCCAAUGAGAAGCAGACCCUCGUCAAAGAGCUAAUGGCAACAUGGAAGAAGAUCACCAUUGCAGGUGUCACCCUGGCUGCCAUUGUUGGGUUGUCUGUUGGCCUCGGCGUUGGUCUGACUAAACACAAGGGCGGCAAUAAUAGUAGCAACGAUGGCAGUAGCAACAGCACGAAUGUCGAACUGCGCAAUGUCUCCGGCCGGGCAGCGAAGUGGACGCCCAAGGUGGGCGAUUCGUGGCAGAUUGUUCUCCAAAACACCGUUCGCAAUGAUGUCGACUUCACCCCAGAUGUUUCCGUCUGGGACUUUGACGUGUUUGAGAAUGACAAGGAGACGAUUGACAAGUUACACGGCCGUGGCAAAAAGGUCAUUUGCUACUUUAGCGCGGGUACUUGGGAAAAGGGCCGUACGGACGCGGAUGAGUUCCCCAAGGAAGAUCUGGGAGGCACGUUGCCGGAAUGGACGGACGAGCGCUGGGCCCGCAUCAGCAGCUCCAAGAUCCGUGACAUUAUGAAGAGUCGCAUCGCGCUGGCAGCCAGCAAGGGCUGCGAUGCCAUUGAUCCCGACAACGUCGACGGCUUUCAAAACGAGGAGAACAACCUGGGCCUGACGGCGCAAGACUCCAUCGAUUACGUGACGUUUCUGCACGACGAGGCCGACAAGUACAACAUGUCGGUCGGUCUGAAGAACGCAGCCGACAUCAUUGACGAUGUGAUGCACGUGGUGGACUUUUCUGUCAAUGAGCAGUGUGCUGCCAACCAGACAAAUCCCGAGUGCGAAGCAUUUCACAAGUUUAUCGACGCGGGUAAGCCGGUGUUCCACAUCGAGUACCCCCCCGAUGAUGGUGCACAGACGUACCCUGAUGAUCUCCGCAAGGAGAUUUGUGCGCGCAAUGGCGCCGGCAAAGGUUCAGACAAUUUUAGCACUGUGUUCAAGAGAAUGAGCCUCGAUGGAUGGGUGCAGUUCUGCGAUGGUGAGAUACACGACACGGCGUUGGCCUCGAGUGCCAGCAACUCAUGA